AUGAGGCUACCUUUAGGUUUCUUUUCUAGAACACCUAAUGCUGAUUUAUUAACAGGAAAUGAGAACAUAUUUACAAUUGAUGUACCAUUUAAUUGGAAGUUUUUUUUUCAUGAGACCUCAACAAUUGUUCUUAUGCAUGCAAGACGGGCCGCACUUGUUCUCAAAGGAACUCUACCAUCAUAUGCCCUCAAUUCUUAUCUAUUUAUCAAUCAACCAGGCGAAUCAACGUUCCGUAGUGGUCGAUCUGUAUCAGGAUCUUUAUCAACAAUAACAACAUUCUCAAUAUAUCAGUUUAUAAAUAAAGUUGCAAAAAUCUCCCAGUUGAACCAAAUAAAGUCAACAGAAAAAUCUAAUAAUAAUAAAUCUUCUUUGAAAUUUCGAAGACAUCAGAAAUAUCGUCGUGAUGAAUCGAAUACAUCUGCAACUACUCAAGACAUAUCAACAGUUACUAUACAGGAUAUAGAAAAUAUAAUAAUAAAGGCUUAUGAAAAAGCAGAAUCAAUCAUGAAUAAUUUUCAAUUAAUAGAAGUCUUGAAUCAAUCCAAUUUAAAUGAUAUUUAUAAACUUAGUUCAUUUGUACUUCAUGAACUUAAUAAAAGAUCAACAGUUGAUCAUUCAGUUAUUAACAGUUAUGAUGCUUAUGAUAGUUUAGAUAACGACGAUGAUGAUGAUGCAAUCGAUCAGUCUCACGAUAAUGAUUUAGUUGAAUGUAGUGAAGAUUCAUUUGAUGAACAAGAAGAAUGUAUUGACUUUAGUCGAAAGGAAAAAUGUCGAAUGGAUAAAUGUCGAAUACGCAAUGUCGAAAAGAAAAAUGUCGAAAACUUCGAAUAUGGUUUAUGA